CGACACGAUCAAGCGUCUGUUUUGUUUCUGUUUCGUUUCGACUUUCGUUUCACAGUUGGGCAUCAAAUCGCACGUUGGUCGCUGAUUGUUGUGUUGUUUUGUUUUUGUGAAGUGAUAGAAGUAAUUGAGGAAAAUGUCCAAAUCGAAAGAACCUAUGAUUGAACAGGUGAAUCCAUAUAAUAUGCCUCUUAAAGAGCCAACAAGCGUGAAAGUGAAAAGAUUUCUAUACAACCGUGAAACAGGUGCAUUCCUUGGGCGUACUGCCUCAAGCUGGUGUAAGAUCCUCAUAUUCUACCUCAUCUUCUAUUUCUGCUUGGCCGUGUUCUGGUUCUCGUUCUUAUGGCUGUUCCACCUCACGUUAGAUCCGAGGAUACCUAAGUAUAAGCUGGAAGACUCCCUCAUCGGCACCAACCCAGGUAUGGGUUUCCGGCCGAUGCCCAACGACUCCAACGCUCUCAGUACUCUGAUCUGGUAUAGAGGAACUGCAAGGGAGAACUACGCUUACUGGGUCGAGACUCUGCAGGAGUUUCUGGAUGUUUACAGAACGCCUGGUAAGACUCCGGGCCGGGGUCAGAACAUCUUCAAGUGUUCUUACGACCAACCCCCACCCCCAGGCAAGGUGUGUGACAUUGAUGUACGAUUGUGGAACCCUUGUACUUACGAGGAAAACUACGGCUACCAUCUGCAGCAACCCUGCAUCUUCAUCAAGCUCAACAAGAUAUACAACUGGAGACCAGAGUACUACAACAAGACAAGCGAAUUGCCAGAACAAAUGCCGCAGUCUCUGAAAGAUGCGAUCAACAAAACUGCGAAUGACGAAGGAGAAAAUGCGCUAAACACCGUCUGGGUGUCUUGCGAGGGGGAGAGCCCUGCUGAUGUUGAGAAUAUUGGGCCUGUCGAGUACUACCCUAAGCCAGGCUUCCCCGGCUACUUCUUCCCUUACGAGAACUCAGAAGGCUACCUCAGUCCGUUGGUAGCUGUCAAAUUCAAGCAUCCGAGGAACGGAAUCCUUAUAAACAUUGAGUGUCGCGCUUGGGCCAAGAACAUCGGCUACGACCGUCGAGACAAGAUUGGUGUCGUCCAUUUUGAAUUGAUGAUUGAUUAGACCUGCUUCACCAGAUCUCCAAAUGUGCCUCCUUAUGCUUCAACAGGAGCUGGAUUCAUUGUUCUGAAACAACUAUUUCAUAUGAGUUUUUUAAAUAUUUAUUGAAAAGGCCUUAAUUUUAUAUAGAGAAAAAAAUGUAUUUAGGGAACAUUGAGAGGAGUGGUACUACUUAGGCAGACUGGUCAGUCAAGUUGGUCUAGGGUGUUUGAUUUUAUUAUAUUGUAUUUAAUUUUGAAUUUAUUGCUGAAAUUGAUUAGGAACUAUGAGAUGACGCAGGCUAUGUGACGAUUUUAAAUAAUAGUAGUAGAAAAAUAUUACUUUGUAUAGAUUUUGAUUGUAAUUAUUUUAUUCUCUUGUUUAUUUAAGAUAAACUUCAUAAUCUCAUAAUCAGUCAAAAUGGUAGCGUUAUUCUUUGUAUAAACCUAUGUUUGGUGCCAAAGUACCUUUUGACUGGCCUAUCUUUCAACAAAUGUACACCUCUUCAUGGAACGGUUUCCAUACAAAAGUAUAUUUGUAGUCAUGUACUAUUAUGUUAAAUUUCAAUGAGGUUAUAACAAAUAAACCAACAAUAUCAAAACCUAACAAUUGUGUAUCUUUAAAAAAAAUCAUUUGUAAAAGUGAAAAUAUAUUUUAUCUUUGUCUAUUUGGUCGUGGAAGUUAUUAGUUUUAUUAGUUGUAGUUAACAUCAAGAACUAUUUUCAUGUGGAUUUUCUCAUGCAUGAGACUGAUUUUCAUCCAGUGGAAAUCAAUGUAAUAUUUAUUUGUACAUAAACAUUUUUUCUCUUUCUGCUUCUCAGCACAUUGUCUUGUAACAUUUUUUUAGAAGUUUUAAUCAUAUCAUUACUGUUUUUUGUAGAGUAUGUUUCAUCUAUUCCACAUUUUAGUUAUAAUUUGUUGUUUUCUUGUAUAUUUUAACUAUUUUUUGUAGCAAAAGUAUUACUGGAGCAACUUAGAUUUUAUGUUAUUUUUUAGCCGUACAUCCUCUUCAGUAUUUAGAAACACAAAUAUUAGUUAAAGAUUAUUUAUGUUCUUUAAUUGUUAAGUGAAGGUAUUUUUAAUUUUUUAGUGUAAUUGUUGCUUUGAAUUGUUUUAGAUUAAAAUAUAAAUUUUGGUUCGUUUGUUAUUUUUUUUUCUUUUUUUUACAUUUAGUUUCUAUUUAUUAAAUGUUAGUCCGUUUCUGAAUGUUUGAGGUUGAUGUGUAGAUUUUAGUACCAAAUGUUUGUACCGGAUUACUAGUUCAAGCUACACUCAUUGCCAAUAAAUGCAAUUACUGUAAUUGUGUUAUUGGGUAACAAAACUUACAAAUGUCAAUUUUUCUUGCCCCCUGUGAUUUAAACAGAGUUAAUAGUAAAUGUGCGUAAGGAAAGUUUAGGGUUUGCAACACCCUUCUCUUUUAAAUUAUCAUAUCAGUUUAUAUAUCAUAUUGACCAUACACCAGUGCCUUAAAUGUCAGUUUAUAUUGUCUCCUGUAAUUCUUUGAGUAGACUUUUGAUACUCAAAAUGCUUGAUAGGGGUGAAAAUCAAAUAAAGAAUUUAUAAGUAGAGUUUGGUAUAACUUUUGCAUAAAGCUGAAUUUCCAUCAAUUUCACAUGAUUUUCUUAUGAUAAAUUUGAAUCUUUCAAGUCACAAUGUGACCUUGUGUCUUCACUUGAUAUUUUUCUGUAGAAUCCAUCAAAGAUGAAAAUUAAGUCAAAGCCUUUAAAAAAGAAGUCCCAAGCCGUCCGAUAGGUUAAGUAAAAAUUAUAUUGAGUGUGUAAUGUGAAAUGUGUGUUUAAAAUAUAUCUUAAUAUUAAGUAACUCAAAUUUUAUCAUAAAUUAUGUUACCAAAAAUUUUAUUUUUAAUCUAUUUGUAGUCAUACAUCUUGAAAUGUAAUAUGUUUAGUGCAAUUUUUGUCUCAGCUCUUCCAAAUCAUUUCAGUUGAAUUUAAUAUUUUAAGUUCAACAUAUCUUCCAUCUACCCUCUCACCGUCCAUAUAUUGAUUGUUAAAGUGUUCUAGUAGUCUAUGUAUUUUUCACAGAAGUAUACUUUAAUAACUGUUAUUAAAUUUGGGCAUCAAUAUAGUCCAAUGUUUUAUUGAAUUUUAUUUUAUUUCAAUAGAUAUUGACGUCAAAAUAAUCACUGUCUAUUCCUAUUACUACUUUAUAGAAUUUUAUUUUGUUAUGAAAGAUUUUUCUCUACCAUUUAGGUAAUCUACUUAAAACUUUUGGGCCAUGUUAUUUUUCUCUUAGAUAGCCGCAUCAAAUUGUGGAAACCAAAAGAGAAAAGAGGUUAGAAGAUAACUCUAGCUUCAAGUGAAAAUUGUUUGACCUUUUGCUUUAAUUUGAUAAAAAUUAAACAUUUAAAUUUUGAAUUUUUGUAAUAUGUGCAGGUUCAAGGUUUAUUUUGUAACACGUGAAAUGUUGAGUGUUUCUUUACUACUUAACAUGCAGCAAUUAUUGACUAUAAAUGAUGAGCAUAAGCUUAUUACCUGGUAGAAUUUGAAUUUCAGGUAAAUUCCUAAACUCUAAAAUAACUUUGUCUAACUAUGAAUAUAGUGAAGAAUUGUCUAUUGAAGAUAUUCUGUAUAGUAAUUGUUUAUUUCUAUUCUCUGUAAACUUUUUACCAUGUAUACCAAGCAGAAUUUUAAGUAGAUUAAAUUCGUGCCUUGUACAUGUGACUUAUCCAUCUUAGUUCGUUAAGACGAUUGCUUGUACAAAUUAGUAAUAGACUAUUUGUCAAAUCUAUUAAUUGUGUUUUAUUUUAAUUAUACGAGUCAAUAUAUA